AGUCCCUGGGGAGCGAGGGGGCGGAGGGCACUGAGUCACUCGCUCACCGACUUACAUCCCUGCGAGACAGGAAGCCAAACACAAACAGCCGCGGAGUUAGGGACGGGACGGGACGGGAGUCCAGCGCCGGAGGGAACCUCAUGGAGAGAUCCAGCGCCUGGCAGCUCCUGUUGGGGCUUUGGCUCGCCUUCUCCGCCUUCAGCAGCAUCAGAGGUGAUUUCUGUGAUGUAAAUCUGUGCCAGAAUGGAGGAACUUGCCUCAAGAGUCUAGAUGAAUCUCCUUUCUUCUGUGUCUGUGAAGAAGGCUUCACUGGCCUUACCUGCAAUGAAACGGAGAAAGGUCCCUGCAAUCCAAAUCCAUGCAAGAAUGACGGGGAAUGCAGGUUACAUCCCAAUCGGGGUGAUGCCUUCAGUGAAUACAUGUGCAUAUGUCGUCCCGGGUAUAAUGGCAAACAUUGCCAGUACAAUGUGAAUGAAUGUGUUUCCCAGCCCUGCAAGAAUGGAGGGACCUGCCUGGAUCUGAAGGGCAACUUCGACUGUAAAUGCCCUUCGCCCUUCGUGGGGAAGACCUGCCAGAUGCGCUGCAGAGAUGAGUUGGGCAUGCAGACAAAAGCGAUUGCAGACACCCAGUUGACAGCAUCAUCGAUAUAUUACGGCUUCCUAGGCAUGCAACGCUGGGGCCCGGAACUCGCUCGCCUCAACAAGAAAGGAGUUGUGAAUGCCUGGACAGCCAGCAGCUAUGAUAAAAAACCUUGGAUUCAGGUCAAUCUGUUGAAAACAAUGUUCCUCUCUGGGAUUGUUACUCAAGGGGCCGGCCGUGGAGGAUACUCAGAGUAUGUCCAGACUUACAAAGUUUCCUACAGUCUAGAUGGACAAGGAUUUGAAUUCUACAAGGAGGAGGACCAAACAAGGAAAAGAUUUUCCUCGGGCAAUCAAGACAAAUAUACCCCAGCGACCAACAUGUUAACUCCAAUCAUCGCCCAGUAUUUCCGAAUCCCUCCAGGAACGUGCCAUCGUGGCUGCACUCUGCGGUUUGAACUGAUUGGCUGUGAAAUGAAUGUGUAUUUCAACACGGCAGGUUGCUCUGAACCACUGGGCAUGAAGUCCCAUCACAUCUCUGACCGGCAGAUCACAGCCUCCAGCGUGUACAAGACAUGGGGCAUAAGUAAGAUGUCUUGGCUCCCUCACUAUGCCCGCCUUGAUAACACUGGGAAACCCAAUGCCUACGGCCUCACCAAAAAGGCAGGCGAAUGGCUUCAGGUUGAUCUUCAGAAACUGAAAAAAAGUGACGGGAUCAUAACACAGGGAGCACGAGAUUUUGGACACAUUCACUAUUCGCAUCUACAAAGAGGGCCACACGUCAAAAUGCCAGUAUUCCAAGGCAACCAUGAUAACAACUCUCACAAGAAGAACAUGUUUGAUGAGCCCUUCUACGCCCGCUCUGUCCGUAUCUACCCCGAGGCUUGGCAUAACCGCAUCACAUUGCGAAUGGAACUUCUGGGAUGCGACGAGUAGAUGGUUUUGACCCUAGGAGAGAUGGUGUCAAGAAUUGGACAGCUCCACAUUUCCCCACGGAUGCUCUUCCCCCCCCUCCCCCCAUCCCCCAAGAUCCCAUGGGGCUUACAGUCUGCAGCAUCCUCUCCUCCGUCUUUCAUCUUUGCACCGUUCGUAAGAAUGUCCCAUCUUUCACAGGUUGGGCACUGCCAAACUUUUAGAGGUGACACCAGGAGCUGGUGAAAGAAGGGAUUUUAGUAUGUCCCUUUCUGCCCCUUCUUGCUUUCUCCAAUUAUGCGGCUGGCUCUUUGAGGCAUGGUUGCCCAGUCUAGAGGAUCGUGGUAUGACCUCCUCAGUGGGUCCCCAACACUGCACUUUAAGGACCUUAUUCUGUGGCAGGACUCUGUUUUUAAGGUCCUGCCAUGUUUUGGGUUCUCCCGGAGCAUGACCAUACACUGUAGAUUUAAGUGAGUUUAGCAGUCAUUCCUUCUCUCCAAGGCAUCCCCCAAACUAUAAUUUGGGGAAACUUUUGAGCUCUGUAGCAGAGAUCCUCCCUUCUUCUAGAAAUCCCAGUUCCCAGGAUUCUGUUUUUAGGCAGCUGGUGUGCAUUUUAUGGAACAGGUAGUUUUGCCAUGCCGUUUUUGAAAAUUAAAUAGAUGCUCCCAGAUAUAUAUUGUUCCACUCCGGUUACUGAGGGAGAAUACGUCAUCUUCGCUAAUGCUUCUGCCUGAGGAAUGUACAUCACAAUUCUCUCAGCUCCAGCCAAUUCCCACCUGUGUUUCUAUUUAACUUUGCCACCAUGAGGGCUAGAAACUUGAUUUAUUUUUUUAGCCACGAGAAUGAGAUUUUUUUUCCACUUGGCACGGAUCCUGCUGUUUUGUCUUCUUUAGCCCAGAGUCUUCUCGAAGGCACUCCAUCCCUCCCUGCCCCCAAGUAUGUAGGCAUUUUGCUGAGUGGAAGAAACUUGACUGUUUUUCUCCCCUCUCUCUACCCUCAUCCCAGCUGCCACCAAGGAUUCCACACCGUCAUGUCAACUCCAUGCUUGGCAGAGACGCUAAGAAGAAACAGAAUUUUUCUGGAGGGGAAGAAAAACAUUUUUUAAAAAAAAAAACAAGAAAAACGCAAAUAGAUGGGGACCGUUCUUUUGGCAGGGCUGAGGGAGGGGAGGGUUGGGACAUAUGUCUUUCUGUAGUCGGUGGCUGGCUUUGGGGUGGAGUGGGGAGAAAUGAGGAUGGGUUCUGGAAGCAAUUAACCCCAGAGCAAAGGAAAAUCCAAAGUUGUAAGCAAUUUCUGAUGAUGGCUGUGACUUCGCGAUGGGAUGCAGUGUUAAAGAAGGACGGGCAACAUUAAAACAAGAUCUCUGCUU